AUGAGUUUCAACCUACCCAAUCCAAGUUUAGAAGGUAUUCUAUUGGUAAUAUCUACUCAUAGCGGUCCUCAAUUAAUUUACAAGUACCCAUUUGAUUUAACAAACGAUCGACAUAAUUUGAAGAUUUUGGGCGAACAAAAUGUUAAACUCACUAAGGAUAAUGAUGUUGACGAUGAAUUAUACGACCAAAAUGAGAGUAAUGAUGAUGAAGAUGAUGAAGGAAAUGGAAGAUAUAUGGAAAAAUCAAUUCCCGAGAAUGAAAUGUAUGGAGUAAGUUCAAGGACAUGGGAUGCUAAGAACUUGGAUUACUAUUUAGGUACCAAACUAGACUUGUUGACGUUUUUGGACGAACAAGACAAUCAACGAAAGUAUCUUGAUCAAUUGAAAUCCAAGGGCAGCGACAAGAAGAAAACCAACAAUGCUGCACUCAAGAACAUCUUAACUAAGACUGUCUCCAAGGCCAGCACAACAGCAAGCCAGUCUACAACUUCUGGCCGUGAAUCUACCAUCAAUGGCGAAAUAUUUGGGAAUGAUCCAGCAUACAUUUGUGAAAUGUUAGCCCCUCCAAAACAAAUGUGCAACACUCGAUUUGAGAUAACAAUUGAAGACAAGAUAUUCUUGGGGUUCCCGGUGCAUAGACAAGACAACGGGCAAUGGAGGAGCAGUACACAUAGAAACCUUGAUGGCAGCCAACGUGGAGAAGCAAAAGACCAACAGCUUGAAGAAGAUGCAGAGGAGUCAACUGCAAAAGAUAGCAAGAAUAUUUUAAGUAUGUUCCAUUUAGUGUUUGUGAUGAAUCCACCAGUAAUCGAAAGUAACUACAGAGUUGACGAAAUGUUUCACUAUGUCAUAUCGAGGUUGUCACUUGUAUUAAGAUAUGAACAACAGAAGCAUGCAUAUAUAUCCCAUCAAGUUAAGAAUAUUCUAGAGCUUAGAGACCAAUUGGACGGGAAUGAAGCCUUUUUGACUGAGAAAUCUUCUCUUUGUCGAGUCAUCCGCGACUGUUACCAGGCCAUAAGUACAUCAACAAUUGCCAAUUUGUCCAUCAAUGGUAAGCUACGGUCCUUUCAAAUACCUAUUAAAACGGAAUUCCAUUCACUACCGGAUGCUUCAGUCCCGUUUAUUCCAGGAUCGUAUUUGUCCUCCAUUGUAAAGCUGCUUGGCGACAAUGGAUUUCUCAACGUUGGUGAGACAACAAGAUAUGGGCAGGCAUUCCAAGCAGCACAAGACGAUGACGAUUCUGCUGAUAAGGUGAUUAUAUAUUUUGCAUUACUUUUACUUGACGAACCUGAAUCCAUCAUUAAAGAUAUGAAGACAGAAAACAACUCGACACUUGCCAAGUUCAUCCGGAUGAUCAAACCUACUGAAUCUUUGUUGAAGUUAUCAAUGAGAAACAAUAAACUUGAUAUUUCUCAAAUAAAAAAUUUUGCGUAUCACUUGAUAUAUUGGAGGCGAGCUAGAGUGAUCCAACCAUUGUCAUCUAGAUCUGUAUAUAUUGUGUCACCCAUGGCUCCAAUAAGUAUUAAAUUGUACGAUGACAUCUCGCUGUUUAGACAAAAAUUCCCCAUGUUGCCUCCUUUACCGCAGUUCCUCAAGUUAUUUUCUCCACAAUCACGGAAACCUCAACAAUUUGCUGCCGUGAUUCCAUCAAAGGACCAUAGAGACAGGUAUUUGCAAGCUUUGGGGUGGUUAAUCAAGCAUGGAUAUGUGACGCAACUACAAACAUUUAUAUGGUUAAAGAUUUCACGAAAAAUCAAACUCAAAGUAGAAGAAGACAUUGAGAAUGAAAACAUUUUAAAGAAGAAAAAGACACGGCUGAAUACUAGACUGUUUCUGGAUGUAAAGAAGAUCGACAACUCAUCAAAGACCAAAACAGACAAUUCGUCAAAACAAGUUAAUGAAAUCAAUGAUAUUCAUGAUCGGAACAAAUCUGCUGAUGAAGAGUUUAAGCAUCAGACCCACUUUCCUGCAUUUACAGAUCUCCGAGACACACUUGACAAGAUUCCAACUGUUACCUUAGUGCAAGAGGAUGAUACAAUUAUACUUGACCCUGGAAGAGCUACCACAUUGGAACGAAGAUGGAUAAACAAGAUUAUUUUUGAGGAAUGUAAAUUACCACAUGAGCUUGUCACAAUAUUCUACAAGUUAUUAAUGUAUAUGAAUGGAAAGAAUUCCUUGGAAUUGUUGUUAUUAAAAGAGGAUAUUCCAAGAAAUGAGCUACGAAAACUUUUAGUAGCCAUUGAAGAACAUAUUAUAUCUGUUAGACACUGGUAA